GCGAUGGAUUCUUUUUGAGCCAGUGUCCUUCAAGCGGACUUUUAGCAGGCAUCACCUUUUUGUUCCCUCAUUGCACUGCCAUGGCUGUGGCAUGAAGAAGAAGCAAACGGUCUAUUCUUUCCCACCAUACCACCGGUGGCUAGACUACCAGCCACAACACAACCAUUGCUGAGAGCUGCACGACUUUGGCCUCCCAAGCCACAACAGCAGGCAGCAAGAAAGGACCCAAGUCAAGCUAAGUCGAGCUAAGUCUCGCUGUCUGGGCUGACUGACUGAUAAGAUCCUCUCUUUGUCUCUGCCACUCUUUCUCAGCAAGUGAACUGAAGUCAACUGAAUUUGGUCAAGAUGUCUUCUACUAACAGCAGCAACAACAAGGAUGACGAAGAUGACGAUAGUGAGUUUGAUUUGGACGAUGAAUUGGCCGAUUUGUCGGAAUUGGGAUUGGAGGAUGAUGAGGAAGAACUAGCGACUGCGCCCAAGAAGGGUUUCACCAAGAUGAACAACAGCAGUCACAGCUCUGAUCGGUUUCGGCGAGUUUCGGCGGCUCCAGUGCCGGCCCGUAAGAGUAGUAGUAGUGGCAGUGUGGCCAAACUGUGGAAAGCGCGUGGCAAACAAGGGACCGUCGAUCAGAGCAUCAAUCUCAUGUCCGUUUCUCAUCAUCAUCGAGAAUCCGACGCUCUUGCAAAAUCGCAAAACAGCAUGAAUUGGGGACAACGCAGUCUCACCGACAUUUUCCUUGAUCGAGACUCCAUGAAUGGAUCCAGUCGCAGCAGUAUUCACUAUGGUGAUAACGAUUCACCAAAGAAUGGAAAAGCCAAACUCAAAAAAUGGCCAGUUUUCGUCAUCUUGAUGUUGACUGUACUCAUUGUCGUCAUUCUGAUGAUCACAGUGCCCACAGGAGGGGUCAUUGCUUCACCUUCAAAACAACCAGAACCACCCAAGGAGAACAACACUCCAGUACCAGUACCACAAGAAGAAGAAUCACCACAACCACAAGAAGAAGAAGAAGAAACAAUUGAGGAGCUGACAGAAGAAGAGGUCAUGCAACCAAACUCACAGCAACAAGCCGAGCUCGAAAACCUCAAGGAAGAAACGGAGCGUCUCAACGUAGUGAAUGCCAUGCUUGCUCAAGCCGGCAUUCCACCCAAUGAAAACACGGCCGCCAACAAGGCCGUUCAUUGGAUUGCCGUAGAAGAUCCCGCCCAGUUGCCCCUCGAUAGCAAUCAUGCACAACUCUUGCAACGAUACACCCUUGCACUCUUUUACCAUUCCCAACACAUCCUCGCAGACGAUCAAAAAAAGAGUGCCGAACGAGCCGGUGUCGGUGGUCGUCGUCAACUCCUCGAACAAAAGCAAAAUACUGACUUGACCAAUCGUGCCUUUUUCGACAAGGCAUGGAUGACACCCCAUCAUGUCUGUCAAUGGCAUGGGGUGGUGUGUGAUACCACCACAAACAAAAUCGUGCAAGAGUUGCAACUCGAACGAACGCUGCUCCAGGGAACCAUUCCUCGUGAACUAUUUGUCACCAUGCCCUCUCUGACUGGUAUUGAUUUGAUGCACAAUCAGUUGCACGGGAGUGUUCCCAGCACCACUACUAAAAACUUGACCAAGCUGGAAUUUUUGUUGUUGGGAAACAAUCAAUUGACCGGAUCACUGCCCCGAAACUUGUUGCAAGAUUUGCCCACUUUGAAGGAACUCGUCUUGGCGGGCAACAAACUAACUGGAGAGCUGCCACAACCACCCCCAAACAACAACAAGCUGCGGAUUCUAUCUUUGGCAUCCAAUCACUUGGUUGGAUCCAUACCCACAUCCUACGGAGAACAACUAGGUGGCCUACAAAAACUCCAUUUGGAUGGAAAUAGUGGUCUCAAAGGAGCCGUGCCUUCCGAGUUGGGGCUCUUGCCUAACUUGGAACGUCUGCAAUUGGAUGGAACCAGUCUCUCAGGGGACAUGCCAGCGGAAGUUUGUGCCCUUCGACAAACGUCCAGAUUGAAGUAUUUGGUAGCAGACUGUACCACGGGGAAGAUUCAAUGCGAUUGUUGCUCCGAUUGUUACUAGACAGCUAGCUGUAGAGACAACUAGCUAUUAAAAGCUCGGAAGUUACGAUGGCUCGAUUGCACUAACUGCUGGGCACACAGCCACACACACACCUACGCACACCUACACACAACUGCACACACCUACACACACCGAGAGAGAGAGCGAGGCAUCCAUCCUCGACAGAAAUGAUUUAGCAUCAAUAUCGAGUGGGAAAGCCAAACGGAAGUUAGGCCAAGAUUCCAAUAAACGCAAACAAGUAACUUAAUGAUGUGGCGAGCCGAUCGAAUGAUUCAUUCUAUUCUAUUCUAUUCUAUUGUCGUACAUCGUGCAUUCAUUACAGCUAGC